AUGCUGAUGAUAGAAGACGAGCCAGAGAAGACGAGCAUGAUCGUCGCCGUCCUUCUCCUGCUCGUGUCGCUGGCCGGUGCGCAGGAGUCGCGCAUCGCGGAGUCCAAGGUGACCGGUGCGCAGGCAGCGGCAGGCAACGCCGAGCCGCCAGCAGCAGCCGCAGCGGAGGCACCACAUGAGCUUGAGCUUUUGCGCGGUGGCACGGCAGAGAUGCAGGCCGCAGGGCAAGUCUUCCUACAGCUGGGCGCCUCGCAGCAUGACGCCGCAGGAAUCCUCCAGAGGGUUGCUGCGGAGGGCAAGGCGGUAGUCAUGGAGGGCCCGCGCGAGACGCUCGACCAGAUUGCCGCCGCCUUCAAGGAGCUCGGCCUCGACUCGUACGCAGGGACGGGCGUCGAUGUGCUCGACGGCCGUGGCUUCGCAGCGCAGCUCUCUUCGGCGGAUGCCGCGCCCGCCCUCGUUGUCUUCUUCGCGCCCUGGUGCGGCCACUGCAAGAAGAUGGUGCCCGAGGUCGCCAAGGCGGCCAGCAAGCUCCGUGGCUCAGGCGCUCCCCCCUCCGCCCUCCGCCCUCCGCCCUUCCCUUUGCGGUGCUCUUCGGAGGUGAAGAUGCGUGCUGGACACCCUAUGAGGUUGAUGUACCGCACUACCGCCUUCGAUAGGUAG